GAGGCUGCUUCCUGGAGGGAGAGGAAGAGGCCGUGCCAUCCAGAAGGAAAUCGGGUGCCGACGUCCUCCUCCUCGCUGCAGCAGUUACGAAUCCCGUCGAUUCCCAAGCUUGGACGCACCCACCAGCUCCGCCUCCCCAAUUUGGAUAAAUUUGGACGGUUUUGGACGCCCGGAGGUGGCAGUAGUUGAGCUGCGGGCGCGGCCAUUGUAAGUCUGUUGUAUGAUGUCUGCCUCGUUGUUGUAGCAUUUGGGCCAUUCAAUGCUUCCGAGCAGGGGUUAGGGUGUGCGGGAUUACGAGGUUAGUCAGAAUUUUGCCAUGGCAGAAGCUUCAACUCUAUUUGCCACGGUGCCUGUUGUGCCCGCGACAUCCUCUUCUUCUUCACGAACCCAGUGCAGAUUGCAAUGGGGAAGUGGAGUACUGUUUGGUAAUACGGGUUGUGGAACUGCGGGAAUUUCCUUGAAAUCCGUAAAGUUUUCAAAGCAGCUCACGGAUCCGACAGGACUGAAUCGCCCACAAGCGUUGACAGGUGACCUAUUGAGAAUUGGUCGUCAUAGUCGUCAUCUCCAGGUCCGUGCAAUCUUAACAAGUGAUCCUCCGGUUGCAAGAGACGAUGCCGAAGAAAAUGGUACCAGGCAGACCGUGUCUGUGGUCUUGCUUGCUGGUGGCAAGGGUACACGCAUGGGAGCCAACAUGCCCAAGCAGUAUCUACCUCUUCUUGGUCGACCUAUUGCACUACAUAGCUUUCAGACGUUUGCACACAUGAUGGAGGUUUUAGAGAUAGUGGUGGUGUGCGAUCCUUCAUAUAGAGGCAUUUUUGAAGAAGCUGCAAAGGAUGUCGCGGUACCUGUGAAGUUCGCCAUCCCAGGAAAGGAAAGACAAGAUUCUGUACGAAGCGGUUUAAAUGAAAUUUCCAGUUCUGCAAAGCUUGUGUGUAUUCAUGACUCUGCGAGGCCUCUCGUGCUCGCCAAGGACAUCCGCAAGGUUUUGAAAGAUGCUGCAAUUCAUGGUGCUGCAGUUCUCGGCGUGCCUGUGAAGGCCACCAUUAAAGAGGCAGCAAGUGACGGCUUCGUAUCAAAAACCCUCGAUAGAAAGUAUCUGUGGGAGAUGCAAACCCCUCAGGUAAUUGAACCGGAGCUGCUUAGGAGAGGUUUCGAGUUGGUGGAGAGGGAACAUCUAGAGGUCACAGAUGAUGUGUCGAUCGUGGAGCACUUGAAGCAUCUUGUCUUCAUCACAGAAGGCUCGUACACAAACCUCAAGGUAACAACCCCCGACGACCUUCUAGUGGCUGAAAGGAUACUGCACCAGGGCAGUGCACAAGGUGUAGUGGCAGUCUGAGACUAAUGCUGUGUAUGGAAAAGGGUUGUAGAUGGUGUCUGAGGUAGUAGUAGGCAGGUCUGUCUGUGUCCAUCUGAGCAUGGUCCCAGCAGUGUAGAGUAGACGGCAGCAUUCCAGCUGUAUAUCACCAUUGUAUCAAAACGCCUGCCGGACAAAAAGGGCUGGCAGGUCUGGUUAAUGACAUUAAUUCACUGGAGUA